AUGCUGUCCUGCCGCCUCCAGUGCGCGCUGGCCGCGCUCUCCAUCGUCCUGGCUCUUGGCGGUGUCACCGGCGCGCCCUCGGAUCCCCGACUCCGUCAGUUUCUGCAGAAAUCCCUGGCUGCUGCUGCUGGCAAACAGGAACUGGCCAAGUACUUCUUGGCAGAGCUGCUGUCUGAACCCAACCAGACAGAGAACGAUGCCCUGGAGCCUGAAGAUUUGUCCCAGGCUGCUGAGCAGGAUGAAAUGAGGCUGGAGCUGCAGAGAUCUGCUAACUCAAACCCGGCCAUGGCACCCCGAGAACGCAAAGCUGGCUGCAAGAAUUUCUUCUGGAAGACUUUCACAUCCUGUUAA